CAUGGACAUGGGCUGUAACGGCGGUAGACUGAAUACUGUCUGGCUCUACAUGAAAGAGUUUGGUAUCCCAGCGGACAAAUGCGCGCCAUACGUAUCUGGUGUCUCGGCUGUAGUGCCCGAGUGCUCUGACACGUGCGCGAACGGAAAGGAGCCCAAGAAGUACAAAGCAGAGACGGCGUACUCAGUGGUCAACUGGCUGGACUCUCCCGAGGAUCGUGUUCACAAAAUUAAGAUGGACAUUCUAAGAAAUGGUCCUGUCGAGGCUGCCUUCUGGGUUUUCGCCGAUUUCAUGGCAUACAAAGGUGGUGUAUACAAGCACAUGACGGGAGGUAUGAUGGGAGGGCACGCAGUCAAGAUUGUGGGUUGGGGAGAGGAGAAGGGUGCAGAUGGCAAGACGACUCCCUACUGGACUGUGGCCAAUUCUUGGGGUGGUGCCUGGGGAGAGGAUGGGUUCUUCCGGAUUGAAGCUGGAGCUAACCAGUGUAACAUCGAGAUGAAUAUCUGGGCAGGUCUACCCGACUACAAGAACGCCCCCGUCGACGAUGACGAGUAAUCGUUAAAAAGUUAUAUAAUAUCAAUUUACACCUGUAUAGUAUGGUGUGUGACGGGUUUAGUAGUCUACUAGUAGUGUACUUACGAUUAAUAAACAAACAAAAAUGUAUUUGACA